GUUUGUUUUUUUAAAAAAACAAAAAAAAAAAACAAUCCGUUACUGAGUUUCUCAGACCGGCAGCGUACCGCUCUCAUCCGCUCGGGGGUCUCGGUGGUACUCGAGCCGAUUCCAGCGCGCAAUAACGGGUAGCGGACUUAGCAAGGCGUACAUUUUUUCUCUUCCCUAAAACUGAAGGAAUUGGAAUCCAGGACACAUUCAUCACGAGCACAGAGAAGGACAUGGCGCAAAGAAUCCACAACCUAGAUGACAAAUAUCCCACAAAUAUAUUCAGAAGACUCGGUCCACCCAUAUUUGACCAGUUGAAACCUUUUUCUGUCUGUCCAGGGAUCAUCAGUUGUGACCAAAAAGCUGAUGUGCAUCAGUUAAGAAGGCUUUCUAAGCCAUUUAUUAAUUUUAAGAUUGAGAUCAUUAACAAUGGCACAAAUAAAAGAAAACUGCAUGAAUCCAGUCCUGACGACUGUUACGUGACCCCAUUAAAAAAGCCCUUUGAUCCAAAGGCUUUGUCCCCUGACCUCGGGUGUUUUGUGGACUGUUGCAGCACUCCUGUGAAACAGGAAUCAGAAUCCCCCUUUUCCACAUUGAAUCCUGAACUGACAGCUAAGACACAAGAUGUUGGGAGUGAAAUAAAAGAAACUGUGAGCUCUCAGCUGUUCUCAAAGGAUGCAAAAUAUGGGCCUUCCACAGAGCGAGGAGGAGGAUCUCUCAAAAAAGAGACCAAAACACAAGAUGUGAUGCGUGAGAGGGUUUUAAAUCCUUCACCGACGUUUGACUACGAUGUGGAUGACAUCUUGUGUCUCAAUCCCGAUAGCCCUUUAAGAUUUUUGGAAGAUGAAGACGGCUACAUGAGUCACAGUUGCCAAAUCUUUCAAGAUGGGCUGUUUCCCGUUGCUGGACUCAAUAUGGUGGAAGAAACAGCAGAUGGGCGAGAAGAUGAGGUGAAAAAGGAAACGUGUCUCAGUGUAAAAGACGUGGAAGAGGAUAAAGGCUAUAUAUCGCUUUCGUUUAUCAAUGACAAUAAAGGGGCUGGGUUGGUGAACUCCAAACAGCUUACAACUAACUCAGCCAAGGGUGACUAUCAUCCUGAAACUUCAUCCAAACCACGGUUACAUGAACAAACUGCAACCUCUGGGUGCCUUACCGUCAAAGUGGACAACCUGAUCCCAAGUAGUGGUGAACCUCCCUUGGAGCAUGUGAACAAUAAUUGUUUGGAAAGUUGUAAAUUGGAGGGGGUGUGGGAUAUCGGUCCUCCAAUAUUUGAAUCCUCUAUGUGCCACAGCGAAACGGACAAGUUGAAAGCAGAGCAGAGCUGUCAGGUGUCUGAGGAGGUGCAGGAAAGUGUGACUGAGCCUGUCCAAAGCACACUGAAGAAAGAAGACACUGCUGUGGAAACCAGCUAUGAAGCCACGAUUCCCCUCAAAGUACAGGUUAAAUCCAAAGUACAGAACACAAACAGAAGCACACCGGACAGCAGUGUUGUUUCUGUCCCAAAGAUGGAGGUGACAAAGCCCAUCAGAGCCCUUCAGCCUGCCAAGAGUGCUUCUCAGAGAUCCAUGGUCUUCAGCAGUGAAUUGCAGUGGGAGCAGGAAAAGGAGCUCUAUGUGAAUUCAGUUGUCAGUCAUAUGUAUGAGAAUCCAGGAGUCAGUAAUGGUGUCACAUCUGAGCUCCGGAGUUUGAUGAGCUGUGUAUCAGCAGGCGUGAAAAGCAGAGAGUGGCAGCAUCCCUCCGACCUCACCCGCAGAAAUUACUGGAGACACUUUGGGGCAGCAGCACCACUGAUUACCCUGGAUGAAUGGCAGGCAAAGAACUGUCUGAUGCACAAGCGCUUCGAUAAGAUACCGAAGAUCUUUGAAAGGAGUCUGUGCCCAUAAACUCAGCUUUGUGGUUUAUAGACGCAUCAGAAAAACUGCACUUUCAAAACACAUUUAUGUGUAUAUGUAUAUAUUUGAGCAUUUAGGUUUCCUUUCUGGCUUUUUGAUUUACUUUUCUUUCAAAUGCAUGCACGUUCCUCCUAAUUAAAAAACUUAUGCAUGUUUUCAGUGGUUUUGUUUUGUGAAAGUCUGAAUCACUAAAGAAUGUCCUAAACUUGAAUUACUGACUUAGAGUUUUGGAUUUUAGGUAUUUACUACUUGAUAUUUGUCUGUUUACUCUGCAUGUGGUUACAGUUUUUAUCCCUCAGCUCUAAAAGCUUGAUGGGAGCACCCUGCAGGUGUGCGGCCAGGACCACCCGAGUGUAUGAAUGUGAAAACUCAAGAUCGAGGUGAUGUAGGAUUUUUCAAAAUCAUACCACAUGUUAAUUUAUUAAAACUCUGAGGUGACUUUGAAUCUCAGUGACCUCCGGGCCAGAGGUGAAGGUUUCUGAAUCUUUAGGAAUAUUCAAAUUGAGAAAAAAGUCCGCUAAGAUUAUCAAAUGCAUACCAUUGGUGGAUCUACUGGGAGGCUGGGGUUAGCGCUGGCGGCUGCCAGUGUUUUUCAUGUGUUCCUGUUAUCUGUCUUCUCUUUGGGGUUGUAACGCAGCAGCCAACAGACUUCCAAUCCAAUAAGAAUGAGACUCAAUUUCUAUCUUUGUUUUUGUACCUUUUGUUUUUGUGCGUCUUUUAUUGCACUGAAUUUUUACUUUACGAUAGCGAUGAUUUGUUACUUCGCAAGUCAAACUGACAAAGUAACAAAGCAUCUGCACUUUCUAGGUACCGUUUUCUUUGAAGUAUUUACUCAGCGUUGGUGUAAAUAUUUAAAGAUUUUGCUCAGUAACUUUAAAAAUUAUGAACAUGGUUAUAUUGUUGCAUUAAAUGUUCUUUUUCCAUGGCUGAUUCUUA